AUGUUCGCUGCCUCUGCGCGAAGCCGUCUCUCCACCCUGUCAAGGCCCCGGCUCCCUCCGACACAACUACUCGCCCGCUCGACUCUCGCCAUGGCUCGAAAGGCAUCGUCCGUCCCUGAGGGAUACAAGGAGGAUCUCUCCAAGGGCAAGAUGCUCCGAUUUGAAGACUCCCUGCCCCGCCUUCCCGUCCCAUCCCUGGAGGAGACCGGUAAGCGGUACCUCAAGUCCGUCCAUCCGCUGGUCUCCGAAGCCGAGUUCGAGCGCACUAAGAAGGCCGUCGAGGCAUUCGUUCGCCCCGGCGGUGAAGGUGAGCCCCUGCAGAAGCGCCUGCUGGAGCGUGCCGCCGAUCCCAAGAUCAAGAACUGGUUGGCCGAGUGGUGGAACCAGGCUGCCUACCUGGGCUACCGUGACCCCGUCAUUCCCUAUGUCUCCUACUUCUAUUCCUACCGUGACGACCGUGAGCGCCGUAACCCAGCCAAGCGUGCCGCCGCGAUCACCUCCGCUGCGCUUGAGUUCAAGCACCAGGUCGACGAUGGCUCCCUGGAGCCCGAGUACAUGCGCGGCCAGCCCAUGGCAAUGAGCUCAUACGAGUACAUGUUCAACUGCUGCCGUAUCCCCGCCGACGGCGAAGACUUCCCCCGCAAAUUCGCCGCCUCCGAGAACCAGCACAUCGUGGUGGUCCGCAAGAACCAGUUCUUCAAGGUCCCCCUCGUUGUCGACGGCCAGCCCCUCAACGUCUCGGAGCUGGAAAAGCAGUUCGAGCGCAUUUAUGAGAUUGCCCAGCCCGCCCCGCCAGUCGGUACUCUGACUGUAGCAGACCGAGACCACUGGACUGCUGCCCGCAAGCAGCUUGUCGCGUCCGACCCAGCCAACGAGCAGGCUUUGAAGGACAUUGAGUCCAGCGGCUUCGUCGUCUGUCUAGAUGAUGCCAAGCCCGUUACCCUGGAGGAGCGUGCUCACCAGUACUGGCACGGCGACGGCAGCAACCGCUGGUUCGACAAGCCUCUGCAGUUCAUCAUUAACGAUAAUGGCACCGCUGGCUUUAUGGGCGAGCACUCCAUGAUGGAUGGUACCCCCACCCACCGUCUCAACGACUUCAUCAACGCCCUGAUCUUCGGCAAGAAGAUUGACCUGUCGGCUAAAGCCGUCCGCUCACAGCUUGCUGACCCCAAGCCCAUCAACUUCAAGCUCAACGAGGAGGCCAACGCCGCCAUCGAUGUUGCGGUCCAGUAUCACCGCAAGCAGAUCGGCUCUCACGAGCUUGUCGUCCAGGCCUAUCAGGGCUACGGCAAGGGCCUGAUCAAGAAGUUCAAGUGCAGCCCCGAUGCCUAUGUCCAGAUGGUCAUCCAGCUGGCCUACUACAAGAUGUAUGGCAAGAACCGCCCCACUUACGAGUCUGCCUCCACUCGUAAGUUCCAGGAGGGCCGUACCGAGACCACUCGUACCGUCUCCGACGAGAGCACUGCCUUCACACGCGCUUUCUGCGACCCCAGCGUUCCCCGCGAGGAGGUUGUCAAGCUCUUCCGCGCCGCGUUGGCCCAGCACACCAAGUACACUCUCGAAGCCAGCGAUGGCCACGGUGUCGACCGCCACCUCUUCGGCUUGAAGAAGCUCCUCCAACCCGGCGAGAAGCUGCCCGCCAUCUAUGAAGACCCCGCCUUCUCAUACUCUGGCUCCUGGUACAUUUCCUCCUCUCAGCUGAGCUCGGAGUUCUUCAACGGCUACGGAUGGAGCCAGGUCAUUGACGACGGCUUCGGCAUUGCCUACAUGAUCAACGAGAACAGUCUCAACUUCAACAUCGUCUGCAAGCGCCUCGGUGCUCACCGCAUGAGCUACUACCUCAACGAGGCUGCCUCCGAGCUGCGCGACGUCCUCCUCCCCGACCUGGCUGCGCAGGCCGAGAAGGCCAAGCUGUAG